GCGGAAGCCCACCCCCUCUCAAAGAAAAGCAAUCUGUCGGCUUAUUCGGAGGAGGCUACUGUCCCCUUUCUCUCCUGGUGCACACUCUCUAUACCUCUAUACUAACCUACAUUAUAUGGCCAGAGCUCCGCACGGGGAGAAGUUGGUAUUAUUAUCGCGGGCACUGACAUCAUGACCGACGUCCCAGUCACCUUUACCAAAGAACGACACAUCAAGUAUUUCCUACGAUGUCUCAAAACCUUCCUUCCCAGCCUAUACACCUCCAAUGACUCCAAUCGCAUGCUUCUCGCCUUUUUCACGGUCGCCGGCUUAGACCUCCUCGGCGUCUUGCAGAGCAAAACCACCCCCGAAGAGCGACAAGGCUACAUCGACUGGAUUUACCACUGCCAGGUUCCUACGGGCGGAUUUCGAGCCUUCACCGGAACAGAUUUUGGCGCGGAGAAUCGGACAUCGGAUAAUGAAGCUUGGGAUCCGGCAAAUGUACCUUCUACCUUCUUUGCGCUGGAGCUCCUUAUCAUCCUGGGCGAUGAUUUAUCGCGAGUGAAGCGGAAGGAGUGUCUACAAUGGCUGCCGCGCAUGCAGCGUGGUAAUGGAAGCUUUGGAGAGGUGCUGGGUCCGGGAGGGAAGAUUGAAGGUGGUGGUGAUCUCCGCUUUUGCUGCUUUGCGGCAGGCACGCGGUAUAUUCUGCGGGGGAAUGGCGGGGCAGAUGUGGAUGGCAUCAAGGACAUUGAUGUGGACAAGCUGGCCGCGUUUGUUCAGGCAUGUCAAGCAUAUGAUGGCGGUAUGGGUGAAGCACCCUUUUGUGAAGCGCAUUCUUACUCGUAUACCCCCGCAGCCGGUCAUACAUAUUGCGCAAUGGGCGCCUUGACGUUCUUAAGUCGUAUGGCAAAGGAUCAGAAGCCACCGCCAGUCCUUUCGCCAGGCGCGAAAGAUUUCGAGUCCUUGGUUCGUUGGCUCGUUGCCAGACAAACGACAGAACUUGGCGACACAGAGGAGGACUCUGACGAUGAUAACAGCCCUGAGAUGAAUGAGGUUCCGAAACCGGUACCGGAGGCUGUUGAAGAAGUAAGCUUAGAUGAGAGCCUCGAUAAGCUCCCCGCUAUACCGCCACCAACGGAACAGGAUCUACGAUGUGCAGGCUUCAAUGGGCGAUGUAAUAAGUAUGCUGAUACAUGUUACUCAUUCUGGAACCUGGCAACAUUAGAUAUGAUGAAUAGGUUAGACCUCGUGGACGCAAGUCGGAAUCGGCAAUAUCUUCUCGGAAAAACGCAACAUAUCAUCGGCGGUUUUGGAAAGGGUGUGGGCGAGCCACCAGAUCUCCUCCAUUCCUACUUUGGGAUGGUCGCCCUCGCGUUCCAGGGAGAGGAAGGGCUAGAUGGGGUUGAUCCAGCGCUGUGUAUGAGCCAUCGGGCCGUGCAGCAACUACAGUCUCUCCCUUGGUGGAAAGAAGGGGUUUGAAGUGAUGGGUUAAUUGAAUAGGGUCGGAAGCUUUGGGUCUCGAGUCUCGGUGAGAUGGAACUUUUCAGUCAUAUACCCCAACCAUGCUGAAUGAAUUGAUUGUUUAUAUACACAACAGUAAUGAGCCAACUUGAAGUUACUGUACUUGUGUAUCUUCUAGCCUUUACUCUGUACAUAAGGUGACCCCCCUUCCCAUAUCGGGUUAU